AUGACCCCGAGACGAUCCACCCGGCAAACUGGCCUCGCGGCCCUUGCUUGCACGGAAUGCCGCAAACAGCAUCUCAAAUGUGAUGCCACUCAACCGUCCUGUUCGCGUUGUACCCAGGGUGGCUUUGUCUGCCAGUAUCUCCCUUCUCGCCGCGGAGGACGCCGGAAGCCACGGCAUGACAUUGCAUAUCAUAAUGCACAACAACAUCGGCCCUCGGCUUCGAAACUGAAUGAUGCGUUUAGCAUCAGUGCCACGCAUUACUCCCCUGGGAAUGGCACUGGGAAUGGUAUUCAAACGCCUCACCGUGCAACGGGGCUACCUCUGCAAGUAACGAGUGCGCCUGGUCCGAUGAACACACCUGAUAGUAGCAAUAUCUCGUUUCCGCGGAGUAGCCGCCCAGGCCUUGUAGGUGUCCCAUGGCCGGCGAUGCUAUCGCCGAAUGAUGCCAGUUCAGAUCGCUUGGAGCCACCAGGGAGGUCAUGGGACGAAGAUGAUCGCUGUGCUCGAUUGUAUUACGAGCACUUCCAUGUGGCACACCCCAUCUUGGUCCCCAGCACGUUAUACAAGGAUCGUGAUUACCCUCCCUUUCUUCAAUUGGUGGUGGAAUUCGUCGGGUCCCAUUAUUUGCCAUCUGGCCCCCGGCAGCAGCUGAAGGACAAGGUAGAUGCCGCGCUAGAAUCCAAUCCGGACCGCUCGCCGUGUAUGGUCCAGGCUUGGUUGAUCUACUCCAUUGCCCUGUACGCCCGCGGCGAGCGACAAAAUGCGCAGCAAGCGUUCUCGCAAAGUGCUGAGAUCGCUUUUGAGCUGGGCAUGCAUCGAGGAGAUUUCGCUUCGUCAGUCCAUCCUGAGAGAUCUGUUGAAGCGGAGAGCAUGAGAAGAACGUGGUGGGAGCUAUACAUCACGGAUAUAUUCAUGGCCGUUCCGCUCAAGACGAUUACCUUUCGAUGUACUACAGUCGCUCCGGAGGUCGGCUUGCCUUGCGAUGAAUCCGCAUACACAGGAUGUGGAGAGAUUCCGCCGCCACGCAAGAUGCUGGAUUUCAAGCGCAGAGUAUUUGCGGCCCAAGAAAUCGCCUUCUCGUCCUUCAGCUACCGCAUUGAGGCAGUAACCAUUCUGUGUCGCGUCUUGGUCCUGAAUCGCCUACGGGAUUAUCAUCGCGACCAUCUCCAGGCCAUUGAAAAUGCGCUCGUCAGCUGGGUCAAUCACCUACCCUCCCGCAAACUGGAUAUUGUGGACUCGUAUGGUAAUGUGGAUGAGAUGAUCUUCCAAGCCCAUUUGAUCAUUGCGUAUGCCACCAUGUUGCUGCAUUUACCACGCAGUGAUCUUCGGCCGCUCUUGACACAACCCGACGACUGCUUCUGGCCAUCUGCGCCCUGUCACCUCUCCUCUACCUUUCCGCGCUUGGUUCAUAGUAUCAAGGCGACUGAAGCCUCACGGCGUGUCUCCGACUCCAUUUCCAUUUGUCCCAACAUCCAAAAACACACGCCUUUCGUCAUUCCCGCAUUGGCUCUAUGUGGUAUGAUCCAGCUCGCAACUUCCAUCAAUCACUCCGAAGAGUGCUUCGAUCAUCAUUGCAAUCGCGUCACCCUCAUUCUCGGGUGUCUGAAAAGUACGAAGCGAACCUGGGGCUCCGCCGAAUGUGCGUAUGAUUGCGUCCGAUCCACUGCAGCCGACAUUCUCUCGGAUUCGAUCGAGAAAUGGAAUACCGAGCCAUUGAAGUCGAUUCCGACACCUCGAGAUUCGACUGAUGUGGAGCGUAUCAGCCAGAAUGCACCUCCAGCAGUGACCGUUGCGGAAGGACAGGGCUUAAUGAUACCUGAACUUGCUCCGGGGUUCAUUGAUCCGACCUGCUACAAUACCUCAUUCUUCAACUGCCUGGCGGAUUUUGAUCUCAGCUAG